GAACCGAUAUUCUUAUCUUCAAUUAGCCUAAUCCUUGUGGUUGUCUAGAGCUUUUCACUGCUUAAAACACUAAAGGCUGACGUUACUACAAGGUCUUAAAAGAGAGCUUUGGUUUUAUUGAAAGACUAGGACACUAUUCGCGAGAACGAGAGAGAACAAUAGUGGCAGAUACCUGCUGAUUCCAAUCCAAUCAGUUCAGAUGAGUCAAGCUAAUUCCAUGCAUACUUUACUAAAACAUGCUCUCUGUUGAUACCGUCAACGCGUUCUUCUCAAGGCAGCCAUCUAAGGCCAGGUGAUGGUCUAAAUCAUGCAUCAAGUGUAAUGGCCUCGGUCAGCGCUAGGAAGCAGUUCUCAUAUUUCCUAUCGAGUUUGUUUGGAUUGUGGAUUCUAGCGUAUCCCGUUAGCUCGUCGUCUUCAGUUACUAUAGCUCCAAACAAGAAAGGUCGGYUAGACCACAAGGUUGUCUGUCAAGGAGAAGAACUCAAAAUCCGCUGCUUCAACUCAUCGUACGCGAUCGUCAUCGAGAGUGGAAACUACGGCAGGACAUUAACAGGAGAUGUCGUUUGUCGGUACGAUGGACAUGAGAGUGAUUUCGAUUUUUAUUGUGGCGAAAACGAUGUAAAAGACAAGUUAAUCGACUUGUGUCAAAAUAAAAAAAGAUGCAGGUUUGUUGUUGGAAAAUCGCUGUUUGGUGAUCGCUGUCGUGGUCAGGCUUACCUGAACAUAAUCUAUCGAUGUGUCGAGAAAGAGAGAAAGAAAAAUAGGAAGAAAACAAAUCCUGCACUUCCCACUGCACUUCCCACUACUACUACAACAACACAAAAUAGCACAAACAUAACUAUACUGAAUACCACAGAAAGCYCAACACAAAAUGUCUCGGGUUUAAUAAACAUUCUUCCAAAAACAMACGGAAAACCAGGCAUUGUAAUUUCACUGAUAAUGUGGAUUGUUUAUAUAAAAGAGAGAUGGUCGUCUUUCAGAACGAUAUUCUUUAUCAGUACUGGUGCGUCGUUCGGUUUGUUCCUAGUCAUCUGUAUGAUUUAUUUACUCUUACGAAGACGAACAAGAAAGAGAAAACGACGACAUUCUUGUAACAAUAAAGAACUUCAUCAACAGUUGAAUCCAACUUCAACACUAGUGAACGGCGACGUUAAAAAAACUACAGAAUUGGACUCUUUGUCGAAUACUUUCCCUGCACCAAUCUCCACACUACCUCCCCCACCGGAUGAUAUGAUUUACCCUAGUCCUAGUCCAGAAAUGAUGAACGCGACAAGACCUCCCCCACCCCCAGYACCCAGGGUCUCCUCAUUGGACGAUAUUAGCAAAUUUGAUCAAGACAGGAAUUCAAAGAAUGUCCAAAUAACGCGUUCRCUGAGCAUGCGUACAAGACCGUCAGAUUACUACUCUAAAGACUUGAACUAUGAGAAAUUCAAUCCAAAGCUGCAUACAAUUCAAUGCUGUACAGAUAUUAAUGAAGUAUUAGCUAACAAGGAAUCAGCUAUGUACAUGAAUCCUAUGUAUGAGAAUGGACAUAUCAAAGAAGUGACCUGUUAGCCCAGGCUCCACGCGGUCACAUCCACAAACAAGAAAGACAAAACAGAAUGUCAMWACCGCUGUAAAUAUGGAUGCAUUGUGCUACUAUGACGUAAUGUAUGUUGAUCAGUGACGUCAUCUGUCAAAGGCUUGUCAAGUGURYCKUCAUGUGAMCAAGGCUCGAAAACUAAAGAAAUAUCACGUCAACUAUGCGGUCAUAAACUCAUUUGACGUCAUUUGGAUUAUGGAGCUAAAUCAUGACGUCAUAAUAAUGUAUGUCAUCAAAACCUGUGUGACGUCAUCUGACAAAAUGUGUUCAUUAAAGGAUUUUUUUCAUCCAUCCUGUGACGUCAUAACAAGAAACAUGUGAAUAUUUGUCGUACAGCUUUUAUUUGACGUCAGCUAUGAUAUCAUAUGAGAGAUCAUCAACGUACAUGACGUCAUCUGAAAUGUAUCAAUUUAAUGUUGGCCCAGUGAAACAUUUCCUGUUGCUAUGGGUGUACAAGGAUAUCAUUCAACCAAUCAACUAAUACAUCAAUACUUCAAGUAAUUCGUCGAUCAAUCAAUCAAAUGAUUCAUUCUACUUUAUUGUGGGCUGGUGCAAUCAUCAUUUACGCUGCUGGUAGCUGGUUUCUAAACUAACAUCAAUGAAAACUAAAUAAAUUGGAAUAAAACGAUUUCAAACGUAAUAAUAAAUUAUUCUUUUGGUUGAAAUUGAGCAAUGCGGGGAACAAUUGAAUACUGAAAUWUGUUUUGAUUUUAUAAAAUAAUUUCUUGACUCUCAAGAUUUUGUACUGUCUUAUCGCUAUCUGGGCGUAMUACUAUAUACUAUAUUUGGACAAGAUGGUCAUAUUUGGAUAGUGGUACCAUAUUUGGUGUGGAUUCAUAUUUGGGUUAAUAAAACCUCGUUUGGAUAAUGAUGCCAUAUUUGGAUGGUGACAUCAAUUGGGUGCCAUAAUUGGAAUAUAACACCAUAUUUGGUUAAUGACGACAUAAUUGGAUAGUGAUGAUCAAUAACUUACAUGCUUUUAUUCACACUGUCAUUUGACGUCACGUAUACGUCACUCACAUCAUACAUAUAUUGAAAAUAAUCCACAUAAUUUAASGAAAAAAUGAAAUCAUAGAAAAUAAAUAGAAUAGAAAUC